AACUCGUGCAUCGUUCGCUUUUGUUUUUUUCUCUACUUAACGGCUAUCGACAUGUCUACGGUGGAACUGCUCAUCAGACUCAGCCUCGUGCUGAUGCUGUCGAGCGAGUCGGUCCUCUCCAUUCCCGAGGACUACGAGACCGUACGGACGAGCAACGGGGCCAUCUUCAACCGGCUGGGCCUCGUGCAGCUGCAGCAGCCGGACUCGGGCCUCAGCGGCCACCACCGCAAGCGCUUGGCCCCCGAGUCCUUCCACAUGAAGCCCUACUCGGGCAGCUCCUCGCCGAUGGGCCGUCGACACAACGGCGGCUCCAGCAAGGACAGCCACGUCUACGUCGUCAAGCUGCCCGCCAGCCAGCCCUACUACAGCUUCGCCAAGCCCCUGCAGCAGCCCAAUCCCGAGAACGUCACCCAGGCCGAUCCCGGCUUCAAGAACAACGGCAAGCCCGCCAAGAUCUACCACUGGAAUCUGCCCAUGGUCAAGAAGAUCAACGAGAAGAAGAAGCAGAUGGCCAUGCUGAGGAUGGAACAGGCCAGGAAGCAGCUCGAGGCCGAUCGCGAGAGGCAGAAGAUCGAGGACAAGUGGAACUACCUCAAAAAGUUGGAGCAGGACAGGUUGAUCGGCCUCGACAGGAAGCCCUCGCGAAACAACGACAAGUGGUUGAGCCAUCCGGAGCACGUGGAGCCAAGAACUGCUUCCGGCGAUCACGCGACUCACCUAAAGAUCAUCCCCUCGUCCAUCAGCAGUGACAAGAUGUACCGCAUCGACACGAGUGCCGAACGGCGACAUCAUCAGCAGCCGCAACAACAGGAGCCGUCCUAUCAACAUCACCGCCUCAACGCCCUGCACGAGCAGGUCAACGACCUUCAUUCCGCCAAUCCCAAUUACCGCACCGGUUCCGAGUCCCAAAAGGCCAAGAAGCAUCGCAAAAAGUCCGCCGUGUCGUACUACUACGCACCGGCUUUAACGGGCAAGUCCGCCUCGACGAGCCUCAACAAGCACUUCUCUGGCAAUGGCAAGCCCAAAGCUUUCUACGUCAUGGAGAAGAGCAGAAAACCCGUGUAUUACCAUCCGCUCUUACCUUAAAUCUCUCGACUCUUCCGACGUUGACUUUAUUUUUGCGUCAUUUUCUCUUUUCGUUAAAUUAUACGUCUCGCGUCAAAAUCGAGCAUUUAAAAUUUUUUCCAUUUUUCCAAUUGGUGCUGAGCGUCAAAGCACGAAGAAAAAACAUUGGUGAAUAUGCACAGGGUAACGAUUAUCGAAGAA